CCAGGGGCUACUUGUUGCGUCACAAGCCCAGCAUUCCGUGGUAGCCCACGCUGGAGGUCGGAGGUCGGAGCUCGGCGGCCGAACUCGCUGACUGGAGCUGAACGUCACCACCUCACCUGCUUGAGCUAUCCUCAAAAUGAGUAAGGAUGGGUCUGGGAGCUAUGGCAGCAUCUCUGCCGUGGGUGGAGCCAGUGGAGGCAGUGACCCACCGCCUCUGGGCAGAGUAGCUCUUGCUAUUAAGUCCACACGAUCCAGGGUACGAAUCCAGGAUAUUGUACCUUGUUGUGUAAGCCAGCUGCUCACCUCCACUCUGUUUGAUAAUGUCUUCAAGAUUAGAGGAAUCGAGAUUUCCCAGGUCUCCAUCGUGGGAAUAAUCAGACAGGCAGAGAAAGCUGCAAACUGCGUUCGUUACAAGAUUGAUGAUAUGACCGCCAAGCCUAUUGAGGUUCGCCAGAGGAUCGGCAGAGAUAAAGCAAAGCAGGGGGUGACUCUGCUUCCAGUGGGGGUCUAUGCCAAAGUGUUCGGUAUCCUCAGAUGUUCUGCGGAGGUGAAGAGCCUUGAGGUGUUGAAAAUCCGCGUCCUGGAGGAUAUGAACGAAUUCACCACACACAUUCUAGAAACGGUCAACGCACACAUGAUGCUGGAUAAAGCUCUCCAAGCGGCCUCUGGGCAGAGCACCCCUGUUGCUCCAUUCGACAUGGAUGAAGCCCAGAAGCACAAUGAGUGCCACCCCGACUUCCUCUGGAAGGAGGUGCUGCGUUUGAUUCAAGAGUGUCCGCGAGAGGAAGGCAAGAGCAUUGGUGAGCUCCUGGAGGAGCUUCCCAACCUGAGUAUUGGGACCAUCAAGCAAACCAUUAAUUACCUGACCACCGAGGGCCACAUCUACCCCACCGUGGAUGGAGAGCAUUUUAAAUCUGCUAACUGAAGCAGCGAAACGUUUUUUCAUUUUUCGAAGACCCUUGCCUUUUGUUGUGACUGAGUUUGACUGUUUGACUUUUAGCAAGUAGUUUUCUUAAGCAAAAGAUCGAAACUGACAUCCUUUGGAACCUCACUGCUUUUACAGUUGCAUUGGACUUUCCUGUUUUUCUAACUGUCUGUAUUUGAAACUCAGAAGGAAUUGGCAAUGGAUAAAUUCACUGGCCUUUUUGUAGGAUUUACAUGCAAGCAAACGAAAACACUCCUUGACGGACGAAUUUGGGGGAGAAAAGGUACAGAAAAAAAUUGAAAAAUUAUUACUUAGGUGCAUGGGAGCUUCUUUUUCUGAAAUAUCUGCAUACUAGGAGAAAACAGAUUCAGUCAAGGAGCCAGUUAAGAUACAAAAAAAAAAUACUGUUUUUACAUUAGACUUAUUUUCUGUUUGGAUUUAGCUUAUUCUAGUCAUAUUGUUAUCUCUUGCUAAAUAUAGUGAUUGAUUAAUUCAUAUGUGCUAAAGAUAGCAAUUUAUGAAGUCAGGUACUCAGUUGAAGUGUUUACUGAAGGAUUUGCUCUUAUUACCUUAGUUUUAUGUUUUUUAAAAGAUACAGUUACACUGUGUUUAAAUGGCAGGGUCACCUUGACUACUUUUUUCUUAAAAUGUCAUUAGUUUAAUUAUUGUGUCAAAUACAAUGUGCUAUUUGGAUUAAAUUACAAUCUCUUAUACUUGCAUGGUACACAGAUACCAGACUUUGUUUUAUUUCUAAUGUAUUAUCUGCAGUACUAAGUGCUCUGUUUUAUGUAUAAGAAGAUUUUAUUCUUAUAGGUUAGACAAAUAAAAAGUAAUUAUAGGAGUAUUAUUAAGCUUAGCAAGUUUAACCAAAUUUAUUCAAACCUUUUAUUAAAA